CACUGAUUCGCAGGUCAUGACAGUUGACGUUGACAGUGGACGCUGGUUUAUAAUUUUGUUUAUGAUUAAAAUUAUUUAUAAUUUAUCUAUUUAUCAUUUUGAUUAAUUUGUAUAAAAGAACGAUGGACGUAAAACAAGAACAAGGCUCUUCCAAUUUUCUUAAGGAGUGUAUUAAAACAGAGCCAGAAAUUGGUGAAACCAAAGAGCAAAACUAUUGUCCUAGAAAUCAACAGUCUAAAACCGAACUAGAUGCCAAAUUCAAUGUUUUUGAAUCUCAAAUGUCUGAACAAAUCGCACAUGUUGAAAUUAAAGAAGAAAUUAUAGAUUUUGAAACACCUAAAUUCGAACAAAGUUCUGAUUUGCUAACGCCUAAAUUCGAAGAAAGUUCUGAUUUUCCAUUAAAAAUUGACCAUGAUAGGGUUUGCGAAAACGAGCAAAUUUUUCCUAAAACUGUUAAAGAAGAACUUGAGAACACCGACGACGGUAAAGUGACAAUUAAACAAGAAGUUAGUGAAUGUAUUAUAGAACCGAAAGCUGAACUGCUCACUUCGGAUUGUGAUUUACCUACUUUGAAAAUGGAAAAUGCUGAUUUUCCCGACUAUUACGAUUUGGGAUAUCCAAGUAGCAGCAAACUGUUGAAAAAUACCUCUGGAGUUAUUUUAAAGAAAAAGAAGAGAUACAUCUGCCCUAUAUGCCAACGCAAUUUUCCUUCUUCCAAAUCAAGAUCGACUCAUAUUGAUGGACAUUUUGAGAAACGCUGCGUAGUUUGUCAGUUUUGUGGAAAAUUAUUGACAAAAAUUGAAUUUUUUCAUCAUUUUUUGAUUCAUGUAGUGAAAAAUAGAACUAAAAUUCAAUUUGACGACAAACCUAAGAAAUACAAUUUUUCUUCCAACAAGUCGAAGCAAAAAAUUAUUAAUAACGUACAGAAACCUUUAAUAUUUCACAAUAGUGAAAAACUAUUUAAGUGUGACAUUUGUUCUAAAAUAUUUAAACACAAAUGUAACUUACAAAGACAUUUAAUAAUUCACAAUAGUGAAAAACCAUUCAAGUGUGACAUUUGUUUGAAAGGAUUCAAUCGAAAAUCUCACUUACAGAAACAUUUAAUAAUACAUAGUGGUGAAAAGCCAUUUAAGUGUGAUAUUUGUUAUAAAGGUUUUAAUGAUAAAUUUACAUUACAGAGACAUUUAAUAAUCCAUAGUGGUAAAAAACCAUUCAAGUGUAACAUUUGUCCCAAAGGAUUUACUCAGAAAUUUCACUUACAGCAACAUUUAUUAAUUCACGGCAAUGAAAAACCAUUUAAGUGUGACAUAUGUUCUAAAGGAUUUAAUCAUAAAUGUACCUUACAGAAACAUUUAAUAAUUCACAGUUGUAUUAAAGAUGCUAACGAUAAAUGUAUCUUACAAAAUCAUUUAAUAAUUCACAGUUAUGAGAAACAAUUUAAGUGUGAUAUUUGUUCGAAAGAAUUUACUCAUAAAUCUCACUUAGAGAAUCAUUUAAUAAUUCAUAGUGAUCAAAAACCAUUCAUGUGUGACAUAUGUUCCAAAGGUUUUAAUGGUAAAUCUAACUUACAGAAACAUUUAAUAAUACACAGUGGUGAAAAACCAUACAAGUGUAAAAUUUGUACUAAACGAUUUAAUGAUAGUUCUACCUUAAAGAGACAUUUAAUAAUUCAUAGUAGUGAAACACCUUUCAAGUGUGACAUUUGCUCUAAAGGAUUUAAUGAUAAAUCUUCCUUAAAGAGACAUUUAAUAAUUCACAGUGGUAAAAAACCAUUCAAAUGUGACAUUUGUUCUAAAGAAUUUACCCAGAAAACUCACUUACAGGAACAUUUAAUAAUUCACAGCGGUGAAAAACCAUUCAGAUGUGACACUUGUUCUAAAACAUUUAAACGAAAAUCUCACUUGCAGAGACAUUUAAUAACUCAUACUAGAUAUUCAUAUGAGUAUAACAUUUCUUCUAAAUAAUGUACGAGCACCGUCUCGGUGCAAUUGGCACAACAUUAAAAAGUUAUGGUAGAAUAAUUACAUAUUGUGAAAAUGUGGUGUAAUAAAAAUGCAUAAAUAAUUUAAAGGGUAGUAACGAUAGAUUAUAGAACUAGAAUAUAAAACAAAUUUAAAAAUUCCUAGAAACACUCCUCUACACUUCUUCUCUAGGUCUUUGACUUUAUUUGUGUAGUACUUACAGAAUGCAAAAUUCCAAAUAGUACAGUAUAUCUAACCUAUAGAGCUGUAAAAGUAACGAGAAAAUCAAUACCCGUAUGUAUUCGUUACUUCGGAUCUGACUACCCUUAUAAAAAUAUUCGUUACUCGUUACUUUCGUUACUGUGAUACGAAUCUACAGAACACGCAUCGUGUGGACCUCAUACACGUCUAUGCGGAUGCGGAAUUGGUGUCGGUAACUAAUCGUACGUACGCAUUGCUUCGGUUGUUAGGUUUUGGUACUGUCUAACAGAGGGUGCGGAUGAAAUUAGAUAUCGAAUCGUUGGUUAAAUAAAUACAUAGCGAAUUUGGAAUUUGUAAUUAGUAACAAAGUCGUGUAGUUCACUGAGCAUGAGCAAUGAGAACUGAUGUGAAGUUUUGCAAAAUAAAAUAUCGUCAGACAGGUUGAACAGAAACAUAUAUUUUUCUAACACACUAGUAGAAACAAUAAUAAUACUCUAUAAAAUCAUAACUUUAAUAAACAAAAACAUUAUAUUCUUGCAACACGCAACAGAAAAACAACUAUUAUACUAUUCUUUAAAACUGAAAUAAAUAAAUACAUAAAUAUAAACAAAAGUACGUUUCGAGUCCCAGUCGACGUGCGGUUCGAUAGUCGAUUCGCAUCAAGGCCACACUCUCAUUUCGCAUCGCCCAUCGGGCCAUCUCGCAUCUUGCACACCGAACCGGUGGCGGUAUGUAUUCUCAAGUAUUAUUAUUGUGCGUUAUGCGACGAUGCGGAUGCGAGUAACGAAAUUUAAAAUGCAGUAACGAAUUCGUAUUUCGUAUCUGACCGACUACUCGUUACUGAGUAACGAAUACAUACGGUUUGCCACAGCUCUACUAACCUAACACAAACAAUUCUAGGAAUUAGAAACAAUAUAAAAUAAAUUAAAAAAUAUAUAUGAAAUAUUAAAAAAAAAAGGAAGAAUAACACAAUACAGCGGGAAUAUUACAAUAUAUCACAGUCCGAGUAAAAUUUGUCAUAGUUCUUGUAUAAACGAUCAAUAAAUGCACUUUGUUCAUAAUUUUUUCUGUGGCUUUUUACAUUCAAAAGUGAUGUGUACCGAGUCCGUCGGGCAGGAACCAAUAGUUGAACUCUCUCAAGCAGUGACCCGCAGUGUUGUUCCUAGGGAUUUUUGAAUUGUACAACUUUUAAUGUCAAAAUUGUACACUAUUACGUUCGAUUGUACAACCACUAAUUAAUCUUUUUUAUUAAUAGCAGGCCUACUACUUCCCGAUGCUUAAAAUUCUUCUUUUUUUCCCUUUUUAAAAAAUGUUUUCGAUGUAAAACGGUGUACUGAUUGGUCGCGAAUGGCGCCAAAUUUAAACAUUAUUGUUUUAUUAAUUUUAAUGCAUACUAUUUAACGAAUCGUAGACUUUUUGAGCAAAAGAAAGCCUAUUAUAUACCAGAUUUCACAUAAAUAUUUAGCAACUUUAAAUUGUACAACAUUUCUACCUUCCUUCAAAAGUGCUUACAGCAGUACAACCACAUAACUGAUUGUACAACUUUUUGUACAAUUGUACAACCAGGAACAACACUGGUGACCCGCACUUAAUAGAACCACCUAUUAAUUUAGCCAGGAAUAUGAGUAAAGUCUGUUUUCUUCUGUAUUCCAGGCUCUGCAUGCCGCAAAGCCUUAAUCUUAUUUGAUAACAUGUGUUAUGGUUAUGAAAUCGGUGUUUAAAGAGCAGGUAGUUUAAGAAUUUACGUUGCACCCAUUUCAAUUCUAUUGAUAUGACAGGUUAAGUAGGUUGCCAAAUAACAGAACAGUAUUCCAGGUCACUUCUCACCAGGGGCCCUAUUCUCCAACUUGAAUGAUGUGAACAUUCCACUGUGGGAUGUGAAGUGUCCUAUCACCAAUUUGUUCUCUCGGUCAUCGUAUUCGGUAUUCUUGAAUCAUUCACAUCUCAUAGGUUCACGGAGCACCGCUGCCAAAUUUAAGUUGUGCGUUAGAACUAUUUUAGAAGGCACUUUACUUCAAUUUUUUUAAUAUUUUUUGACAAUUGUAAUAGAUUAUAUUUUCCAUUAUUUUCUAUUAAAUCCCGUGCUAAAGGUUUACUUAGACGAACAUUUUUUAUGAAUAUUCGGUCACUAAAGUCAAAAGGAUCCUCUUUUCUUAAAAACCAUUCUAUUUGGUCGAUUGGCAUCUUCUUCCGCUUCAGUUAGAUCAUUCAAAAUAUGAAUAUAAAUAAGAGCUUCGUCCAAAUCCAUUUUAAUUAAAAAAAGUGACGUUUUGAUAGCGCACGACAAUGACAGUUCUUUCAAUGUUCUACCGAAAUGGUGCUCUUCUACUGGUUUUGACUAAGAGAAAUACGUUCUCUCGAUUUUCAUGCGAAUUGAUCUUUCACUUCAAUUCAAGAAUACCACUCACACACUUUUUAAGAGAACGGCUGUCCAGUUCGCAUUCGCUAUUGUAAAGUGUCAUGAUUGUUUUUGUGUCAUUCACGUACCUAGUAUGUCUCUUGAUGAAGCCAAGCAUUUUGAGGGCUUUGCAUACUAUGGAAUCUAUAUGAUUGUUAAAAAAUAUUGUGGUAUCAAAAGUAAAGCCCAGAUCAAUAACUGUCGAGGAUCUAUCUAGGUUGACGCUGUAAAUAAUGUAACAGUUAAGAGUAGGAUUGUGAGAUCUUGUAAAAUGCAUGGUUGUGCACUUAGAAAUAUUUAUAGAAAGAGCGUUAUUUUUACACCAGGUAGCAAACCUGUUUAGGUCAGACUGUAAUGCAGAGUUAUUACCAGAGUUUCUACUAAAAAACUUAAAAUCAUCCGCGAAAAGAAGGCAUUGGCUAUUAAGAAAGCAGGACGUAACAUCAUUAAAGAAUAAGGAAAACAAUAGGGAACCUAUAUGUGAACCUUGAGGAACGCCGAAUAGGACUGCAACGUCACAUGAUACGGAAUUAUGCACUAUGACACGUUGACACCGAUUACUCAAAUAAGAUUUAAUCCAGUAAAAAUAAGAACUAUCUCUGGUUCUUAUUGGUCCUGGAGUUUACAUCCAUUUAUUUUUACAUUCCAAAUUUCAUUUGUUUAAGUAUAACCGUUCAAAAUAUACAGGGGGGAGGAGACUUUUAGCUAUCACUGUAGAUCAAAGAAUAUUAAAUCCGUAUGUAGUCAGUCAUACAAUUCCAAACAAUAUAUUUUUUUUAAUUUGCAGAUUUUCCUUCUCCCAAAUCAAGAUCGACUCAUAUUGAUGGACAUUUUGAAAAACGCUACGUAGUUUGUCAGUUUUGUGGAAACUUAAUGACAAAAAUUGAUUUUUUUCAUCAUUAUUUGAUUCAUGUAGUGAAAAAUAGAACUAAAAUUCAUUUUGACAACAAAUCUAAGAAAUACAACUUUUCUUCCAACAAGUCGAAACAAAAAAUAAUUAAUAACGUACAAAAACCUUUAAUUCACAGUAGUGAACAAAUAUUUAAGUGUGACAUUUGUUCUAAAAUAUUUAAACGCAAAUCUAACUUACAAAGACAUUUAAUAAUUCACAGUAAUAAAAAACCAUUCAUGUGUGACAUUUGUUCCAAAGAAUUCACUCAAAAAUCUCACUUAAACCAACAUUUAGUAAUUCAUAGCUGUAAAAAACCAUUUAAGUGCGACAUUUGUUCUAAAGAAUUUAAUGAUAAAGGUAACUUGCAGAAACAUUUAUUAAUUCACAGUCAUGAAAAACAAUUUAAGUGUGACAUUUGUUCCAAAGGAUUUACUCAAAAAUAUCUCUUACGGAAUCAUUUAAUAAUAAGUCAUAGUGAUAAACCAUUCAACUGUGACAUAUGUUCCAAAGGUUUUAAUAAUAAGUCUUACUUACAGAAGCAUUUAAUAAUACACAGUCGUAAAAGGCCAUUUGAGUGUAACAUUUGUUCUAACAAAUUUAUUCGGAAAUCUCAUUUAAAGGAUCAUUUAAUAAUUCACAGCGGUAAAAAACCAUUUAAGUGUGACGUUUGUUCUAAAGGAUUUAAACAAAAAUCUCACUUACACGGUCAUUUAAAAACUCAUGCUAAAUAAUAUUCAUGUAGGUAUAGCAUUUGUUCCAAAUAAUGUACGAGCCCCCGUCUCGUUACAAUAAAAUUGGCAUAGCAUUAAAAAGUUUUAGUGGAAUAAUUAGGUAUUGAACUCCCACACAUUCUCCCAGAACCAUCACGUGGCAUUUUCGAUCAGAACACUCCACAAGCGCGGUUGCCAUCGAGUAUCAGCUAACACCGGCCGAUAUAAGAGAAGCACCUCUUGGCGACGUUGUCAACUACAUUAAAUCUGUAGGCUGGCUCACGAGCUAGUAGGUGCCUAUCUUCUCAGGAGGAUGCACAAUGAGGCCUAAGUGCCGUGGGAUAACCCACCCUCCACACAUUACAGAAGCGCGGUUGCCAGAUUGAGUUAAAUGUCCGAACACUUCAUUAUCUUUUUAUUACAUUUGCAAAGAUGAAGUUACUUCAUUAAGUUGAUUACAUACUGUUUGAUGUAUUCUUAACAUUUUGAUUUAUCCUGUUAUUUCAUUUCGUCUGUGAACUACAUUUUUUUAAUAAAACGCUAUUAAUUUAAACUAAUUUGUGAAAAAUGGAUGUCAAGCUAAAAAAUCUGCAAUUCGUAAAAAGUUCAUAACAAAGUUUAAAAAUAUUUUGUUUCAAACAAUACAAACAUCAGAUUCAAAUUUACCGCUCAAAUAAUGUCUAAUUACUUAUUUUAGUUACUUUUCCCUGUGUAAAUGAUUCUUUUAAAUUUGAUCCUCCUAGUUUCAAAACAGAGUAUAGCACUGUAGAUAAAAGAAAAUAAAAUGUGUAGUUAGUCAUACAAUUCCAAACAAUAUAUUUUUUUAAUUUGCAGAUUUUCCUUCUUCCAAGUCAAGAUCGACUCAUAUUGAUGGACAUUUUGAAAAACGCUACGUAGUUUGUCAGUUUUGUGGAAAAUUAAUGACAAAAAUUGAAUAUUUUCAUCAUUUUUUAAUUCAUGUAGUGAAAAAUAGAACUAAAAUUCAAUUUGACGACAAACCUAAGAAAUGCAAUCUUUCGUCUAACAAGUCGAAGCAAAAGAUAUUUAAUCUAAAAUAUAACUUACAGAAUCCUUUAAUAGUUCACAGUUUUGAAAAAUUAUUUAAGUGUGACAUUUGUUUUAAAACGUUUAAACGCAAUUCUAACUUACAAAGACAUUUAUUAAUUCACAGUGGUGAAAAACCAUUCAUGUGUGACAUCUGUUCCAAAAAAUUCAAUAGAAAAUCUCACUUAAAGAAACAUGUAAUAAUUCAUAGUGGUAAAAAGCCAUUUAAGUGUGAUAUUUGUUUUAAAGGUUUUAUAGAUAAAUUUUCCUUACAAAGACAUUUAAUAAUUCAUAGUGAUAAAAAACAAUUUAAGUGUGACAUAUGUUCCAAAGAAUUUACUCAUAAAUUUCACUUACAACAACAUUCAUUAAUUCACAGCAGUGAAAAACCAUUUAAGUGUAACAUUUGUUUUAAAGGAUUUAAUUAUAAAUCUACAUUACAGAAACAUUUAUUAAUUCACAGCAGCGAAAAACCAUUCAAGUGUGAUGUUUGUUCUAAAAGAUUUAAUUAUAAAUCUACAUUACAGAACCAUUUAAUAAUUCACAGUGGACAAAAACCAUUCAAGUGUAAUAUUUGUUCUAAAGAAUGUAAUGAUAAAGGUAACUUGAAGAAACAUUUAUUAAUUCACAGUCAUGAAAAACAAUUUAAAUGUGACAUUUGUUCCAAAGAAUUUACUCAAAAUUAUCACUUACGGAAUCAUUUAAUAAUAAGUCAUAGUGAUAAAAAACCAUUCAAGUGUGACAUAUGUUCCAAAGGUUUUAAUGGUAAAUCUAACUUACAGAAACAUUUAAUAAUACACAGUGGCGAAAAACCAUUUAAUUGUAAAAUUUGUUCUAAAAAAUUUAAUGAUAAAUCUUCCUUAAGGAGACAUUUAAUAAUUCACAGUGGUUAUAAACCAUACGAGUGUAACAUUUGUUCCAAAAGAUUUACUCAGAAAUGUCAUUUACAUGACCAUUUAAUAAUUCACAGCGGUGAGAAACCAUUCAAGUGUGAUACUUGUUCUAAAGGAUUUAAACAGAAAUCUCACUUACAGAGACAUUUAAAAACUCAUACUAAAUAAUAUUCAUGUAAGUAUAUUAUUUGUUCCAAAUAAUGUACAAUAAAAUUGUCAUACCAUUAAAAAGUUGUAGUAGAAUAAUCAGGUAUUGAAAAAAAUGUGGUUAAGUAAAAACUUAUUCAAUGUUGCCAGAUUUAAUUAAGAUCUGUUCGAAUUCUUAACACUUUAACCCCUGUGUGUACCAGAAGUCGUUACCAUGGACUGUGUGUACAAUAUAUGGCCACAAAAUAUCAUUCAUUAAAACCUGGCAGAUAUUUUAUAAAUAAUUGCCAGAAACUGAGGCUUUUUUUGUUAAAUUUAUUUUAUUUGAAUAGUUACAAGCCGUACUAUAUUAUAAAAAUGUAUAAUUUUGCAAAAAACAUGUUCAAAACGUCGUGUUAAAAAAUGGUACACACGGUUUGUCACAAAAGUCAUUGUCUAAAAACUACAUGUACCAAUAUUGGAUUUUUUUUACUUAUCUGACAAUUGUGUGUAGCAAAAAAACAGUCAUUGCAUAAGAACUUCUCACUACAUGCCUGGCAUGAUGUACUUACUCUUUUGGAAUACUUCAUUAUUAUCUUCCAUUUCUAUCACUGUUUUGUAUCACUUAGUGUGUCUUCCUCUCUUGUUUUCUUCAGUAAGCUUAUGGUCUUUUUCAGGUGCUCUUGCCUUAUUUGUCUGCAUUUGACGAUUGUGGACUUUUUCAAAAAUUUUGUUCACGAUUUGUGUUCACAACUCACAACUGUAUAUUUUCAUAAAAGUACCUAAAGUUUCUUCUACCUAUUGACCAUGUGCGAAACUGUUCCGCCAGAAUUUAUCCACAACCUGAACCAACCGUUAUAAUAAGCAUUUAAACUUAAUGUAGUUGUGUUUGUAAAUAGAAUCAAUGCAUGUUGCGUGCCCAUAUAGAGAUACACAGUUUGUGGGUAAAUACUUAUUGUGUACCACAGUUCGUUGGGACAAGCUACAAAAAAGUAGAUUGGUUUGUAGAUAUGAUAUGUUUGCCCCGAGGUGUUAAUUGAUUCAUAUAAUUUAUUUAUUUAUUGCAAUAUACAACAGAUAUAAUCUAAUUGGUACAUGGCAAGAGCAAAAGAUAGUAUAGACAAAGAUAAAGACAAAUUGAAUCAAAAGAUUUAAAAACAUACAAAAACAAUGGGAAAUAUAAUUGCCUGUAAAGAUUAAAAAUAGAUUGAAAAAAACAUAAAUGCAAUGGAAUACAAAUACAAAUUUUUCCAAUACGAACAACAAUGAAAUUUAAAGAAGAGAUCUAUAAUCUAAUGUUAUUUUUAAUAGUUUGCGGUGAUUUAUGAAAAAUUAUUAUAGUUACCUGAUAACUUGUCAAUAAAUGAAUUUUGCUGUAAUUAGUCCUAUUAGUCCUCACAUGAAAUAAGGUUAAGUGACGUGUUCGUCUUAAAGGAACAGACUAAUUCUAGCAAAUCUUCACAAUUCUCUUGGCCAUCAAGCAACUUGUUUAGAAAGAACAGUCCUGCCUCCUGUCGUCUUUGUUCCAAACUUUGAACCCCAUACAGUAAAUCUUGUUUCGUAAACAAUUCCCUAGGAUGGAAAGUGGAGUUUGAAGAGACGUUAUUUUAAAAAUUUGUUUUGUACAUUUUCAAGUCUAUUACUGUGAGUGUGGUAUAAGCAAUUAACAAUGUCAAGUGAAAACUACUGGACCUCCAUAUUAAACUAAAUGGUUGUUUGCCCUUGUUCUUAUUUCUAUGCCGAUAUGGGUGCCAAAAAAGUUUUUUUUUUUUUUUAUUUAUAACGUAUUUUAAUUAAUAUUUUUAUUAUUGGAAUAUUUAUUGUAACUGCGUAUUAAUCAUACAAUUUGUGACUUUCUUAAUUAAAAGGUGUUUUAGUAGAAUUUAAUAAGUGUUUAAUUUUGAUGUCCCUUUUACUUCCUUUGGGUACACCUAUGUUUAAUUCAAACUCAAAUAUUUUGCCGGUGGCGUACUUUCAUUUAUGUAAGUGGUUCUUCCGGCGUUCGCACGAGGGCGUAUCGCUUCUUUGGAAUAGCACUGAGUGUGAACAGAACUUAUUGGAAACUUUUGUUUCUCUUUUUAUUACAUUUGCAAAGAUGAAGUUGUUUCAUUAUGUUGAUUAUCUGAUAAUAUCGCUUGAUAAUUAGCUUUUUACUGAUUUGACAUCACCAACCACAUCAAUUACAUAUUUUAAAUUUCAAUAAUUAUUUUGCCAAUGAUAUUUAAAAGGCGAUAAAUUAUCACAUGGACUUCAGAAAAAUUUGAGAAAAGUCUAUUAGAAUUAAUAUAAUAAUACGUCGUAUUUCUUUUCUAUCAUUUAUGCGUGAUUGAGCACCGAA